UGCAGCUUCUUCAUUGUUGUUCGACAUUCGAAAUGGCAAGCCAAGAAGAAGCUGACAUUUCUCUGCCUCUUGACGGCCUGGAGGGCGAUAUUACCGUUCCUCAGCCCAGCAAGAAAGCAGAGGAUAGCGGCACACUCGACGAGCCAGUAUGGACCACACUGAAGCGAGAUGUGACUGCGGUCGGCUACAAAUUUACACAUGUCCUCUUUCCUCGGCGGAGUAAACAGCUACUGUACGACUGGGAUCUUUGGGGUCCACUAUGUCUGUGUAUUGUAAUGGCCAUUCUUCUUCAUGGUGGGAAAGUGGAUGAGGUGACCAAAGAGUCGCACAACCCGCAGUUUGUGGAGGUGUUUGUCAUCGUGUGGGCUGGCUCCUUCAUCGUGGCAUUGAAUUCAAAGCUGCUUGGUGGAACCCUGUCAUUUUUCCAGAGUCUCUGUGCACUUGGCUACUGCCUACUUCCUCUUGUCAUUUCCUUGCUGAUGUGUGAGAUUCUGGACUUCAUGACUGUAACCGCUAUGAGAACGUUCUUCUUUUUCAUCAAGCUGGUGGUUGUUGUUGCUGGUUUGGUCUGGGCUAUUGUCGCUGCAUUUGCUUUCAUCUCAGACAGUCAGCCUGCUCGCCGGAAAGGCCUCGCUCUCUACCCCGUUUUUCUCUUCUACUUUGGAAUCAGCGUCUUGAUCUUGAUGAGACAGCCAUCCGAUUAGCCAGCCCGAAUGCCACACACCCCCUCUCAUAUUACUGCUUCUAGGUUUGCCACGCAAUAAUUGUAAACAUGUCAUGUUUUCAUUUUCGUUUUGUACGAAUGUGACACUUGAGAAGCUCAUGGAUCAGAAAUCAUUAUUGACAUUUUUUACUGAAAAUAUAUACAGUCACGCAACUAGGAAGUUGAUGUUCACUACUAUACACGCCUACACACUACAGAUUGAGAGUAGGUAAGAAAUAUGAUAAAAGCUGUAUGAAUUUUGUGUCAAGUUGGAGGAUUUGAAUCUGCUACCCAUGCCAGCUAAACAGUAAACAGCGUAACUAAAGGUAAAAACUAGGCAGAGCUAUUACGCAGAAGCAAGCAAGUAACAUCCUGACAAGAAGGUUGUUGUUGUUGUUGGUUUACUCAGCGAAAGAUGUUGGUGUCACUUGG